CUGAGUGAACCCAGUUCGUUCAAGAAACUAGCAGAGCAAACAAUGGCCGAGCCGAGGCAGCAGGUCCGAGCUAGGAUGAUCCUAACCAUGUGCUUCCUCCUCUUCUUCCACCAGAGUUGGUCGGCCCAAGCAGGCAGCCUCUGCGUCCCCGGUGAGCGGGACGCGCUUCUCGACUUCAAGGCCGGCCUCACCGACCCCACCAACUCUCUGUCGUCGUCGUGGCGUGGCAUGGAGUGCUGCCGGUGGACGGGCGUCGUCUGCAGCAACCGGACCGGCCAUGUCGUCACGCUUCAAAUGCACGCGAGGCACGUCGGAGGUGAGAUACGCUCCUCCUUGCUCACCUUACGACAUCUGAAACGGCUGGAUCUCUCCGGCAACGACUUCGGCGGCGAACCCAUCCCGGAGCUCAUCGGCGCCCUCGGCCGCGGGCGCCUCACGCAUCUCGACCUCUCCUACUCCAAUUUUGGCGGUCGGAUUCCUCCCCACCUCGGCAAUCUCUCGAACCUGGUCAGCCUUAAGCUCGAAUAUAUGGCACAUGCCAUCUACUCGCCUGAUAUCGCAUGGGUGUCACGCCUCACGAAACUACAGGUCCUCCGCGUGUCCCAGGUGGACCUCGGCGCUGCCAUCGACUGGACUCAUGCUAUCAACAUGCUCCCAUCUUUGAUGGAGCUUGAUUUAAGGUCUUGUGGGCUUCAAAACUCUAUGCCUUCCACCAUGCUUCCCAAUCUCACAUCCCUAGAGACCCUCACCCUUGAUGGGAACUCCUUCAACACAUCUCUUGGGCCCAAAAGUUGGGUUUGGGAUCUUCCUAGCCUCCAAGAGCUUUCCCUAACUAGCUGCGGAAUCGAUGGACAACUCCCUGAUGCGGUAGGGAAGUUGACCUCCAUUCGAAAAUUGUCCCUUGCUUCCAACAAGUUCGACGGCAUGGUGCCGUUGACCUUGAAGAAUUUGAAGAAACUACAACGGGUCGACUUAUCCUCCAACUUCAUCAACAUGGAUGUAGCAGAGCUACUCCAUCGGUUGGCAGCAGAUGAGUUGCAGUAUCUGGAUUUGGGGCACAACCGUUUGACAGGGAGCGUACCAGUUGGUAUACGUGAGCUCAUAAAUUUGAAGGGUUUAUCGCUGACCCACAACAACCUACAUGGUACGAUAUCCCAAAGUAUAGGUGAGCUACACGCAUUGGAAUCUGUUGAUCUCUCACAUAAUGAGAUCUCUGGUGAAAUCCCUACAAGUAUAUCAGCUCUAACAUCACUAAACCUAUUGGACCUGUCAUAUAACAAUCUGACCGGAGCUAUACCAACUGGGAACCAAUUACAAGCGUUGGAUGACCCGAUGUUCAUAUACAUUGGCAACCCAGGUCUAUGUGGUCCACCUCUCCCAAGGAGUUGCUUACGAACUGACAUAAUUGCAAACGCUCCUGGAAAACAUGACAGAGGAAUGAGUGAUGUGCUCUCGUUGUACCUCAGCAUGUGCAUAGGAUUUGUAGCAGGUCUCUGGAUCGUUUUCUUUGGCUUCCUGUUCAAGAGGAGAUGGAGGGUUGGUUGGUUUUCAUUUACGGACCGCGUGUAUAAUCGAGCUUAUGUGCAAGUGGCUGUGGGUUGGGCUUGUUUGGCAAGAAAAAUGAGCCAAGGAUGAGGUCUAAAAUGCUGGAGCUUCUCUUUGUACCAGUGUGAUAUAAGAAUGGCUUUAAUACCUAUUGUUCUGUGUAGUGCUCUUCUUAUUUUGGUCACAAUUAAUAUUGUUGGCAUUGUACUACACCUGUAUUCGGUAGUGUAUAAACCGAAUACUCACCCUUUUUGUUGUUAGUUAGUUAGUUGCUUGAGAUUGGUCUCUAUCUAUGUAUGUCUAAAACAGCUAUAACGUGUUGAUCAAGCUCAAGCCAACAAACAAAACCUUUGUAAUCUGAUUGCUCUAUAUAACACGUACGCAUCC